AUGGCCACGCUCGUCCUUGCCUCUCUGGCCUGGAUUGCCUUCACGGCUUGGAUGUUUGGUGCAGGCCUGAACGACCGCAUCAUCCAGGCGACGGGGGGCGAGUGCGCCGUCCCCCUCCGCGGCCUCGCGCAGCGGUUCGGCAUGGCUCCCGUCGAUGCGCUUAUUGCCGACACUGGGCGUCAGCCGCAGGUCCACGGCGACGACGUCUACCUGCCCCUGCCGAACCGGUUCUGCCAGACGACGCCGCUGAUCGAGAAGAACCACCCGCACCUGUUCAAUUUCCUGCGCGACGUGCACGGCGUGCAUGAGCGCGUACAUGCCGCCCUGCGUCUGCCUCCGCCGCGCUGGAGCGGCGGCUUCGAUGUCAGCGGGCACGCCUUCCUGCUCACGCUUGGCGCGCUGAUUCUGGCAUCAGAGCUCGCGCCGUCCUGGCGCUCUGCGCUCGCGAAGAAGGCCGCCGGCGUCCGCGUUCUCAGCAACACGAACAUGCGCCCGACGCUGCGGCACCGUCUCCACGUCCUCUCCACCAUUGCGGGCAGCGCGCUCGUCGCACUCUGGGUGUGGAUGCUCUUCAUGACGGCCAUCUACUUCCAUGACCCGGAUGAGAAGCUCGCCGGCCUUGCGCUCGGCCUCAUUGCCGCGUUCGGCGUGCACCUCGCUGUGCCCCGGCAGCCGACGCAGGUUGUCGAGUACAAGGUUCGCGGACCUACGAGACGUCCGUCCCCUAAGCGCGAGGACAGCGUCGAGGCCGCCAACAAGGUUAUUGGAGACUAUGAGGUGCUCGGCGACGAUGGCGAGGUAGAGGUUCUCGAUGAGCACGCCGUGCUCGUUGAGUAG